GGUCCAGAUGUACCUCUGCUGAAUGAUUACAAACAGGAGUUCUUCUUGAAGCGCUUUCCACAGACUGUGCUGGGAGGUCCCCGGUUUAAAUUAGGCUAUUGUGCCCCUCCGUAUAUAUACGUGAAUCAGAUUAUUCUUUUCUUGACACCAUGGGUUUUGGGAGGAGUAGGAACACUUUUGUACCAAUUGGGCAUUAUGAAAGACUAUUAUACUGCAGCACUUUCGGGAGGACUGAUGUUUGUUACUGCACUUAUUCUUCAGAUGACGAAUCUAUAUGCAAAACAGAAAACAGUGAGAGUAGAAAGAAUGCAAAUUCAGAAUACCCUAACAGAUGAAGAUGAGUUUGAAUUUUCCAGCUGUGUAGGUUCAGAGACAGUAAAAUUUAUUAUUCCUGGCAAGAAGUAUAUAAUCAACACUGUAUUUCAUUCCCUUCUGGCAGGGGUAUUGUGUGGGUUGGGAACUUGGUAUUUGCUGCCAAACAGAAUAACCUUGCUGUAUAACAACAUUGGAGGAACUGUUAUGAUCUUUGUAUUUGGAUGGGUGACUAUAUGUAUAGGAGAGUAUUCAUUAAUCAUAAAUACAGCUACCGAAACAGCUGCUUUCCAAGCACUGGAUACUUAUGAAAUCACUGCUCUGAUGAGGCCUUUCUAUAUUUUUGUCUUUAUUGCAGUGGAUCUUGCACACAGGUUUGCUGUCAACACAGCCAUUCUAGAACAGACAAACCAGAUUUUGCACAUCAUAUUUCUUUUUCUGCCGUUCUUAUGGGCAAUGGGAAUUCUGCCCCCACUUGACGCACUUUUUCUAUGGGGAAUGGAACAGCUGUUGGAGUUUGGACUAGGAGGUUCACCUGUGUCAAGUAACACAAAGUUAUUAGUAAUGUUUCUCAUUUCUGCUGGAACAGCAAUAGCAUCGUAUUUCAUUCCCAGCACUCUUGGUGUGAUCCUCUUCAUGACUGGAUUUGGGUUCAUACUGAGUCUUAACCUAAGCGAGAUUGGUUUUGCCUUCAAACACACCAUGAUCUGCCAUUUAGCCUCCAGCAAAUCCAAAAAUAUGCACAGAGGUCUUAGAAUACAAUUUGGGUGGAGGGAAUUUAUUUUUUAUUUGACUGUGUUGACAUUUGCUCUCAUAGAAGCUAGCCUGCUGCAUCACUUUGCAGGCUUUUCAUCAUUUUCCAAAGCCAGUCCUCAGGCUAUAGCAAGUUACAUUCUGAUCAUUUUACUUAUAAUUAUGUGGAUUCUUAGAGAGAUUCAGAGAGUGUACUUGUUUGGAGUCUUCCGAAACCCCUUUUAUCCAAAGGAUGUCAGGACUGUGACUGUGUUCAUGGAGAAGCAAAGAAGGCUAAUGAAAGUUGGUGUUGUCAGGAGGAUUUUACUAACACUAGUGUCUCCGUUUGCUAUGAUAGCAUUCCUGUCACUAGACCGUUCGCUACAAAAUCUUCAUUCUGUGUCUGUUUGCAUUGGAUUCACAAGAAUAUUUAGGAUGGUCUGGCAGAAUACAGAAAAUGCCCUACUGGACAUAGUGCUUGUGUCAAUAGCACAAAUGCUGGUGUUUAAUCCAGACCUUUGGUGGAACAGGAGCCUUGAUACAGGAAUCAGACUCUUGCUGGUUGGUAUCCUACGGGAUCGACUGCUUCAGUUUGUCUCAAAGUUGCAGUUUGCCAUAGCUAUUCUGUUAACAUCGUGGACAGAGAAGAAACAACGUCGUAAAUCUACCGCCACCUUAAUCACACUCAAUGUCGUUUUCUUCCCAAUCCUGCUGACCUUCGUUGCUAUCUCUGCGCUCCUUUCUUCUCCCUUGCUGCCGCUCUUCACGCUGCCAGUAUUUUUGAUUGGGUUUCCUAGGCCUAUCCGAAGCUGGCCAGGACCUGUGGGCGCUACAGCGUGUGUUUGCUCUGAUACCGUGUACUACCAGCAGAUGGUUCCAAGUCUGGCUGUUGCUCUGCAGUCUGCACUAGCAGCCGGUAGCCUAG